GUAUGUUUUUAAAAAACUAGGCUUACAUAUUACUCCAACCCACCCCGUCCAGACAAAAAAAUUCCCAGUUUUAGCAUUAUACUGGGAAAGCUUUGGGACAAAAGGAGAAAUGGGAUAAGCUGUGGUAAGUUUCUGCAGAAGCUGCGUGUAAAUCAACCAGGCGUUGAGUGUGCAGUCAAGCUUUCACUCAAACCUCCUGAGCUUUUUAUUUGGAUGCUUGGAACGGACUAAAGACUUUUUGCGAACGACAGUUCAUUUCGGUUUGCAAGGAUAAGCGAUACCUACGUGCUCGCCGGAUAGAGCGCAUGAAUAAAACGCACCUGACUUCGUAUUUCUUUCUGUCUUUUGUGGAAUAGUCCCAGCAAGUUAUUUUUUUUGUGUAAAAUUGUGUUGGUUUUAAGUCGACAAGGGUCGCAAAUAAAAAACUAAUUAAUAUAAUUAUAUAUUUUUUCCAAUCUUAAUACAAAAGUGUAAGUGUCUCGAUUUUAAUGUGUCGUGUGUUAACAAAGGAAGUGAUUUUAUAUUUGCGACAGUUCCUGGUAUCCUGAACCGUAGGCACAACACAAAGCUCAACAUGUAUUUCAAAUAAUAAAAAAGGCAAAGAUUUGCACAACUAUCAACAAGAUUCAGUGCCAGAAAGCAGCGGAGUUUUUCGAAACUAUGAUGAAGGUUACUGAUUUCUCUCGAGCACAUUCCGCAAGUCACGUCGCCCCGUGCAAAGGAUGAGGCUUUCAAAAGGAUAUAGGACAUUAUCACCAGCAUCGAAAGCUGCCCAAACGCCGACACUUUCCUACAACUCAGAAACUAGUCUGAGCCUCCUUCGGCUGCUUGCUAUUGUCUCGUUGAUUGGAACGCAAGCUCAUGUUAUAUGCACGGAAUCCGUCGAACAGAAAGCAGCUUCGGCAAGUACAAACAUUAAAAUCGGCGAGAAUAGUACUUUGCUUUUUGAUGACUAUAAUAAAACUAAAACAACAUUAUCAACUGCUGGAUACCUAUCAGCCACAAGAGCAACUCUAUACGCGUUUUCGUCGCAAAACCAGGACCAGUCCCAAAUGACAGUAAAAGCGUCAAACUCGUCCCUUAGCGCUAUCCCAACGAAAAAAAGCCGCGACAAAAAACCGAUGGAAACACCAGGUGGCUUUGACACUAGCAAUAGCCCUUUAAUCAAAAAAUUAACAGACAUUACUUGGCGCUUAGGAACCACAGAUCAGCUACCGACAGUGACAAUGCCAACAACAUCAUUUGCAUCCCUGAAAGUCGAUAGGAGCACCAUAAAGCAGCCUAUCGAUUCCACGCGAACGAGAAAUCAUUGGACAGCAAGUGGAUUCGCCCGUGUUACAGAACGACCGCGAAGUAAGCACCACCACGAGCACCACUGGGGACCUUUCUUCGAGGAGCCCCUCAGCUCGGCAGCCUCGGGCGACAACCUUAUUUCCGCCGUACAUUUGUUUACGGAGGCAGUGCUUAAUUGCCGUGUUGGUAUGCUCAAGGACAAGACAGUCAUGUGGGUCAGACGAACGGCAGAGAAGGUAUCACUUCUGACUGUUGGUAACGUCACCUACAGUGGAGACCCGAGGAUUCGGGUAAAGUUCCAGUAUCCAAAUAAUUGGCGGUUGCUUAUCAAUCCAACACAGACUGAAGAUGCCGGAGUUUACAUGUGCCAGGUUUCCACACAUCCUCCCAGGGUAUUCACUACAAAUCUCACUAUCUUGGAACCCCCCUUAAGGAUAAUUGAUGAACACGAGAGGGAUGUAGGUGACCGCUAUUAUAAGUCAGGAAGCACCGUCGAUCUGCAAUGCCAAAUAUCACGCAGUUUCUUCCAAAAAGAACGACAUACGAUUCUGAAGUCAACUGAUUCUGUAAAUGAUUCUCUACAGAAACUUUUUAACGAUACGACCAGUGAGCUUUAUUUAAUCGGGAACACAAGUCGGACGCAACAUAAAUUCUCUGGACAGGAUCUGGAAAAAUAUUUCCUCAAGUUUAUUACUUGGGCGAAGGAUGAAGAACCACUCCUAGGAUUGACCAAUACGCGCUUAAGUGUUUCCGAUGUGUGGCUAACGAGCCGUAUCUCGAUUGGAGAAGCAAAGCUUUCCGAUAGUGGAAACUAUUCCUGUUCCCUCGGCAGAUUGUUUACCGUAAUUGUCCAAGUACAAGUGCUCACAGGGGAACUACCCGCGGCUGUCCAGCACAAUGUAGCAUCAAGGCUCGAUAUCUGUUCUCUUGCUCCUUUGGGACUCCUCAUUGGACUCCUUUUUCUCUCCAAUUUUCUGCAAACUGAACGUCGAUAAUUCUGAGGCAAUACCGUGGUCGGCAUCAGCAACUGAAGCCAUUCGAUUUUCAAAAAACAAUUAACCAAUAAUAUUAAGGUUAACCAAUGAUUAUGGUUCUAAAUUAUAUUUUAGUUCUUAAGUUUAGAAUCAGAGAGGUAUUUUAUUACAUAUUUUUGUUAAAGUGCCUAUGCUGUAUAAGUCAUGGAGACUAAACCUUGUUUUAAAAAAAAAUUUUAUUUAAAUUCAAAAUUAGUACUUGAUAAAAAUCGGGCUACAGACCGGAAUCAAUAUUCCAGAUUAUUGCAAAGAAACCUACGGCCUAAAAUUACUCGCAGAAUUUUUAGUCCGAUUGUUUUAGUAAUGAUAUUGACAGCUUGUUAGUUUCUAAUGAUACCUCUCAAAGAGUUAAGAAAAAAAAAUUUAAGUUACCCUUCCGCAACUAUUUAAAACUGGUUAAAAUCUGCAUAUAUGCAUUACAUACAUUUUUUUUUAGUUCUGCAGGUAAAUUGAAUGUACCAUACGUUAUUCCUUUUUUAUUCCAUUCCAUUAAUUCACAGGAUAAAAAGAUCUUUCAAGAAAACAACUAUCUGAUUAAAACCCUUUGCGGUAUACUACUUUUUCAUCACCUAUUUAACCGUUUGUAUUUCUGGCCUUGGGCACUCCUUAUAUUCUGACGUUUUACUUGGGGGUUUUAAAUUAAUUAUUUCCGUAAUAUUGAUUUAAUUUUAGACAAAAUUAAAAA